AUGGAAUUCAAGAAGAGCGAAGUGAUUGCCGCGUGUAUCACCAGGGGUGAAAUUCGACAAGAUUUGGAGGACUCAAACCUAGUCACAUAUACGAUAGCAUACGAUGAGUACCAUGAGGACUUAGUAAAAAAAGGCCAGAUAGGCUAUCUGUCCUCCAAAACUGUGCUCACAACCCCUGCGACUUGA